ACAAACGUAUGCAUGGUCUGACGAGUCUAGGUAUCUCUCCCAUCUUUUGUUUGUCGGUCCACAGUGCUCCGAAACUAGAGAUUCGGGUUUGCGAUGCAUUUGGUAAGUCACGAAUCAUGAAAACCUGCUGUAGAUGCUGUCGGACGACUCCACUCCGAAGAAACAAGCCACAUGAAAAAUACACGUGACUUUCCGCUCGGGAGUGGGAGGGUUUCGGAGCACUGCGCUCCUACCACCCCACAGCGGGGAAUCAGUCGCGACGAACGGAUGAGGGGUCCCAUAUCCACUGUAGGGAAACAGUCGUCCGAGAGACGCGGUGGUAUAUAUAUGAGCGCGUCGUAGAAAACAAUCGUAAACACAAACGUCAUCCUCCUUACUUCUCCUCAAGUAGUAGUCGAUCAUUGCAAAUAUGCCAGCAACAAACGGAACAAGCAACGGCACAACGCCAAAGUUCGUUGUUCCAACUGAAAUGAAGGCCAUUCGAUAUAACAAGAUCAAGGACUUCUCGCUUGUAACUAUGCCGGUUCCUGAGCCAAAGCCCCAUGAGAUUCUGAUCAAAGUGAAAUCUUGCGGAAUCUGCGGCACCGACUUACACAUUCACAACGGCGACUUUGAUUCUGCCAUGCCAGUCGUAACUGGCCACGAAACUAGCGGGAUCGUUGUGAAAAUCGGAGAGAAUGUGAAGGGAUUCAAGCUCGGUGAUAAGGUCACAGCAGACAACUCAGAGCUUUGCGGGUACUGCCAUUACUGCCGGCAAGGAAAGUUGCUGUAUUGCGAAAAUUUCCAAGCGCACGGUGUUCAUCUUGAUGGUGGCUUUGCCGAGUACUGCGCAUACCCCGCUGAAAAGUUGUUCCACUUUGAGAAUCUGUCAUGGGAGGAAGCUUCUCUUUUCGAGGCUGCGUCAUGUGCCGUUCAUGGCAUGGAUCGAAUCCGACCGGAGGUUGGAUCAAACAUCUUGCUCAUUGGCUCUGGUCCAACUGGUCUCUGUUUGGCACAAUUAUUGAAGGCAAAUGGUGGAGCGCAUAUGGUUUUGGCUUCGAAUGAAGGUCCAAAGAUGGAACUGGCCAAGAAGUUGAACUGUGCAGAUGAGUACGUCGAGUUGAGCCGAAAAGACCCAAGCAAGCAAUGGGCAGAUCUGAAGGCGAAGUACCCAUACGGAUUCGAUGUCGUUGUCGAAGCAUCUGGGUCCCAUGCAUUGCUUGAGAAGGCAAUCGACUAUUGCACGAGGGGAGGUAAGCUCAUAUAUUAUGGUGUCUAUGAGAAAGAGGCCUUGAUCAAGGUAGCUCCUAGCAGAGUUUUUGGCGAUGAGAUCACGAUGAUCGGAUCAUUCUCCGAGAUGUGGUGCUUGCCGCGUGCAGUGCAUUAUCUCGAAACUCGUAAAGUCGAUGUACGCGGGAUCGUGACGAAUACAUACAAACUUGAGAACUUCGGCGAGGCGCUGGAUGCCAUCCGAAAUAAGACGUGCAUCAAGGCAGCUAUUACCUUUGAUUAA